AGCAUAUUUGUCAGUACUAGACAAGUGUCCCCCAUGGCCUACACUCCCCCAAUACAUCCACUUAAUUUGUGAGAUCAAUAUCAUUCAAUACCGCUCCAUUCUUCUUCUUCUUCUUCUUCUUCUUCUUCUUCUGCUAUCAUGUUCAGUACUCUCUUCGUUCAUACAGACCUUUCAGAAAGCAAGUGGGAACUGUCACAGACUCACAGUACCAGAGCUACCUUAAUUCCCAGAUGAUCAGACACCUCUGCUCUGCUAUAUCUUCUCGUCGUUUUAAGUUUGACCAGUUAAUUUCGUGUCUGGAGAGAUCGAGAUCUAUCUCUCUCUCUACACAGAAUUGUAACUGAAGCUAGCAAUUAAGCAAGUUGGAAAGUAUGUUGCUUUGUGGGUGAGCGUGCAUGGAGCAGUAGUUCAGAUUUUAGCUGCCUUGGGUCAUGUGUUUAAUUCGAAAGAUGGUGAAGAAUGCGGGUCAAAUUGGCGUUCCACGUUCACCAGUACUGCUCACAGGCCACCGGAUAGAUCAUAUGAUAGAUUAGAUCUAUCUUUCUGGAGCGACCAUUUUACCCCUUAUCUUUUCACCCAAUGGCCGAAACCCCAUUUCCUUCCCCUUCCCUCCUCCUCCCCCUCCUCCUCUUCUUGCUCUUUCUUUCCUUUCCCUUUUUCCCGCCAUGUACGCCCUUAACGGUCGAAACUGAAGCCCUCCUCCGCUUGAAAAACCAGCUCAUAGACCCCCUCAAUUCCUUGUACUCCUGGCAAGCCUCAGAAUCUCCCUGCCAUUUCUUCGGCAUCACGUGCCACCCAGUUUCCUCUAGAGUCACCCAUAUCUCGCUCGAAAGCAAGUCUCUUUCGGGCGCGAUCUCCCCAUCUAUUUCCUUGCUCGAAAGCCUGACUGUGCUCUCCUUGCCUUCCAAUAACAUCUCCGGAAAGCUUCCCGUUGAACUGAGUUACUGCAGCAACCUGAGAGUGUUGAAUCUCUCUGAAAACGACAUGAUCGGUCGUAUUCCCGAUCUCUCGUGGCUGCGAAAUUUAGAGAUUCUUGAUCUUUCUACAAACCACUACUCCGGUUCCUUUCCAAGUUGGGUGGGGAAUUUAACCGGACUGGUUUCCCUGGGGCUUGGUGACAAUGAAUUCGACGAGAAUGAGAUUCCUGAAACUCUUGGGAAUUUGAAGAACUUGACUUGGUUGUAUCUAAAAGCUGCUAAUUUGAAGGGAGAGAUUCCGGAGUCUGUUUUCAAGCUCAAGGAGCUGGAGACACUUGAUAUAUCGAGAAACAAGAUCUCUGGGAACUUCCCUCGGUCGAUUGCCAACUUGAAGAAGCUUAAGAAGAUUGAGCUCUUUGACAACAAUUUGACCGGGGAAAUCCCACGAGAGCUUGCGAACCUUAGCUAUCUAAGGGAAUUCGACGUUUCUGCCAAUAAAAUGUAUGGGAAGCUUCCUGAAGAAAUAGGGAAUCUGAAGAAUUUGGUGGUUUUUCAGCUUUAUGAGAACAGCUUUUCAGGGGAACUCCCCGCAGGGUUCGGAGAUAUGCAGCAUCUUUUUGGGUUCUCAAUCUAUCGUAACAGCUUUACUGGGAAUUUCCCGGUUAAUUUUGGCCGGUAUUCGCCAUUGGAGAGCAUUGACAUAUCUGAGAACCAGUUUUCAGGUGGUUUCCCCAAGUUCUUGUGCGAAAACAGAAAGCUAAGGUUAUUGCUUGCAUUGGGAAAUGAUUUUUCCGGGGAGUUACCGGAGUCUUAUGCCGAGUGCAAGUCUCUUGAGAGGUUCAGAAUCAAUAUGAACCGCUUGUCUGGGAAGAUACUUGAUGGGGUUUGGGCACUUCCAUUUGUGCAAAUGAUUGAUUUUGGUGAUAAUGACUUCAGUGGAGGAAUCUCCCCGGAAAUCAGGUUUUCUGACAGUUUGAAUCAGUUGGUUUUGCUAAACAACAGGUUUUCCGGCGAGCUUCCAUCAGAACUUGGCAAGCUGAUGAACCUAGAGAGGCUACAUUUGAGUAAUAAUAACUUUACUGGUAAAAUACCUUCUGAAAUUGGUGCUCUGAAACAAUUAUCUUCUUUGCACCUGGAAAAGAAUUCUUUGACAGGAUCAAUACCGCCCGAACUGGGUAACUGUGCGAGUCUGGUCGACUUGAAUCUCGCCUUGAAUUCUCUGACCGGUAACAUCCCGCAAACAUUUUCUUCGAUGACCUCGUUGAACUCUCUGAUUCUUGCGGGAAAUAAGCUUACGGGUUUGAUUCCGGAAAAUUUAGAGAAAUUGAAGCUAAGCUCCAUCGAUUUGUCUCAAAACCGGCUGUCAGGAAGAGUUCCAUCUGAUCUUUUGACCAUGGGUGGAGAAAAAGCAUUUCUUGGAAACAAGGGACUCUGUGUUGACCAAGAACCUAAAGUGCUCAAAAGUUAUAGGAUAGAUAUUUGUACUGCAAGUCAUAGUCAAAGAGGGAUAUUUGCAGGUAAAUUUGUUCUGUUCUGUGUUAUAGCAUCCGCCUUGGUUGUCAUAUUAGCUGGAUUACUGCUUGCGAUUUAUAAGAACUCGAAGCUUACUGAAGCUGUUGUUGGAAAUGACUUGGAAGGGGAGAAGAAAGUAGAUCGGACUUGGACACUUACAUCUUUCCACCAAGUAGAAAUUAAUGUUGAUGAAAUAUGUGAAUUGAAAGAAGAGAAUUUGAUUGGAAUUGGUGCUACAGGAAAAGUUUAUAGACUGAAUUUAAAGAAAAAUGGCAGCACAGUGGCGGUAAAGCAACUAUGGAAAGGAGAUGGUGUGAAGAUUUUGGAAGCAGAAAUGGAGAUUCUGGGAAAAAUAAGGCACAGGAACAUACUGAAGCUUUAUGCAUCUUUACUAAACGGGGGCUCGAGUUUUCUGGUGUUCGAGUACAUGGAAAAUGGUAAUCUGUUUCAAGCUCUCCAUGGAAAGAUCAUAGGUGGGCAGCCAGAACAGGAUUGGUACUGGAGGUAUAAAAUUGCUUUAGGAGCCGCAAAGGGAAUUUCUUAUCUGCACCAUGAUUGUUCACCCCCUAUCAUUCAUCGGGACAUAAAAUCAAGCAACAUUUUACUUGAUGAGGAUUAUGAGCCAAAAAUUGCUGACUUUGGGUUUGCAAAGUUUGCUGAGAAGUCUCAUCAAGGGUCUGAUUAUAGCUGUCUUGCCGGCACUCAUGGUUAUAUUGCUCCUGAGCUGGCAUACAGUCUUAAAAUCACUGAAAAGAGUGAUGUAUAUAGUUUUGGCGUGGUGCUGCUAGAAUUGAUUACCGGUAGAAGGCCUGUUGAAGAGGCAUAUGGAGAAGGAAAAGAUAUCGUUUAUUGGGUUGCAGAUCAUCUCAAUGACCGUGAAACUGUCCUCAGGGUUCUCGACAAUAAAGUGGCAACUGAUUCUUCUGUCCAAGAUGACAUGAUUAAGGUGUUGAAGAUUGCUAUCCUUUGUACUACUAAGCUUCCAUCUGUGCGCCCUACUAUGAGGGAAGUAGUCAAAAUGCUUAUGGAUGCAGAUCCUUGCGCUUUCAGGUCUCCAUAGAACAAUCCUGACAAAAAAUGGCGAGUCUUUCAUCAAGUCAUAUUUCUCUCAGUAAUAGCCGACUUUUGAGGUUUGAGACGUUGC